CUGGAACAGAGUAAGCCCAAUCAUUCGAAUGCAUUUGUCUCUGGAUUCCAUGAGCAUGGUGGACGACAGCUGCCUCUCACCGACCAACUUCCACGACAUGGUGAAGGGAGGGGCGGCAUCGGUGGGCAGCCGUGUCCACAGCAUCGAUGUCAUCCUGGGCUUCAGCAAGGACCAGGACCCUAUGCUGAACCAGGCAGGGCCACACAAAGCGGGGACCGAGGGCCUGGGAGACCCUGGGAAGCAGGAUCCCCCUCACGCCUAUGGACACCUCCCCGCGUUGGGGGAGAGCACAGAGCAGCCUGCUUUUCACACCCCAGGACUGUUUGCCAACAAGUGUGAGGGGGAGCUGAACGAGCUGCAGAAGGGCGUAGAAAGCGACGGCAAGUCACCCGAUCCGCUCGGAGAGGAGCAGCCCAAGAAGAAGCAUCGGAGGAACCGCACCACCUUUACCACCUACCAGCUGCAUGAGCUGGAGCGCGCCUUUGAGAAGUCCCACUACCCUGAUGUGUACAGUCGUGAGGAGUUGGCCAUGAAAGUCAACCUCCCAGAGGUCCGUGUGCAGGUGUGGUUCCAAAACCGGCGAGCCAAAUGGAGGCGCCAAGAGAAGAUGGAUGCCAGUGCCAUGAAGUUGCAUGACUCACCCAUGCUCUCCUUUAACCGUCCGCCAAUGCAUGCCAACGUGGGACCUAUGAGCAACUCGUUGCCCCUGGACCCCUGGCUGCCUUCACCCUUGUCGAGCGCUACACCGGUACAUAGCAUCCCGGGGUUCAUGGGCCCAACACAGGGCCUGCAGCCAACGUACCCCAGCCAUGGCUUCCUGAACAGCCCCCCGGCGAUGACACAAAGCAUGCAGCCAAUGGCGCCGCCCCCUUAUCAGUGCCCAGCAACCUUUACUGACAAGUACCCGCUGGAGGAUGUGGACCAGCGCAGUUCCAGCAUUGCCUCAUUGAGGAUGAAGGCUAAGGAGCACAUCCAGUCCAUGGACAAAACUUGGCAGCCCAUGUGAUAGACUGCGCUGGCCUCAAGUCAUACUGAAAACACCGAUCCCUUCGUCAUUCAAAUGUGACUAUACAGUAGGAAGGAAAAAAACACACCGUCAUUAGAACACACAAUGACUCUUCUUCAUCAGUAUCAUCUUGUUUUUGUCUGUUGGCCUCACCUUUUGCAGCUUCUCACUGGUUGAUGCUGGAGGGAGUAGGUUUGG